CUUUUUAUUCUCAGGUGAUGACUCUUCAAAUUCAUUUACAUAAAAGUCAUGUGACACGGUUAGAGUAUAUAAUACGCCCAGCUAAACUAUUGGAUCAUACCGUAGUUGCUGCUGAUCUGCCUGUAGAGACUUCUCAGCACCUUCAAGUUUGACUUGCCACCAUGAUGGCUGGAGGCUUAACAGAUGCCAGUCCUUCUACUCCAGAUGUUCAGCAGCUGGCUGACAAGAUGAAAUCUCAGAUAGAACAGAAGGAAAACAAGGUUUACACUGCUUUCACUGCUGUUGAGUACAAAACACAGGUGGUUGCUGGAACAAACUAUUUCAUUAAGGUCGAUGUUGGCCAGGGUGAAUAUUUACACUUGCGUGUAUUCCAGCCCCUUCCUCACAAGAACGAAGUACCUUCUUUGACCGCUUACCAGGCUGGGAAGACGGCAAGUGAUCCACUGAACUACUUCUAAUGAGAAGUACCCCUUUUGCUGCCGUCUUGUGUUUUUUUAAAAAACAAAUACAGGAUGCAGACUGACAUGUCAAAAUCAGCUACAAAUAAAACAUCUCGUUUGGGAA